CCGUCUGUCCAUGGGGGGUGGGGGGUGUCUGUUGGUCUGUCCGUCCGGGUGUCCCUCAGGGUGUCCCAUCCAACCAUCCAGGUGUCUGCGUCUCGGGGUGUCCGCCUGUCCGUCGCGGAGCGCGUGCUUCUGGGGGUGUCCGUCUGUCUGUCCUGGGGGCUUCCCACCCGCUGGGCUGUCUGUUGGCCGGGGCGUCUGUCUGUCCUUCUAGGUGUGCACCUCUCCGUCGGGUGCCGUCUGUUUGUAGUGGUGGCUGUCUGUCCUUCCGUGUCCAGCUGUACAUCGGGGUACAACUGGGUGUCUGUCUGUUGGGGUGUCUUCCUGGGUGUCCGCUUGUCGGGGUGUCUGUCUGUCCCUGGGGGCGUCCACCUAUCUGUAGGGGCUUGCAUCUGUACGUAGGGGUGGCUGUCCAUCCUUCUAGGUGUCCCGCUGUCCAUUAGAGCGUCCAUCUAGCUGUUGGGGUGUCCAUCUGUCCUUCUGGGUGUCUGCUGGGGUGUCUGUCUGUCCUUCUGCAUGUCAGUCUGUCCAUUGGGGUGUCCAUCUGUCCAUCCGGGUGUCCACUUGUCCUUCUGGGUAUCUGUUGGGGCAUCUGGCCAUCCUUCUGGGCGUCCAUCUGUCCUGGGUGACUGUUGGGGUGUCUGUCCUUCUGGGCAUCCAUCUCUCCUGGGUGACUGUUGGGGUGUCUGUCCUUCUGGGUGCCCAUCUCUCUUGGGUGUCUGUCCUUCUGGCUGUCCAUCUGUCCAUCAGGACACCCAUGUCCAUGUCAGGAUGCCCGCCACCUCCUGGCUCUCCGUUCCUUGUGCUGCCCUUCUCAUGGUGUCUCUCCAUCCACAGGUCCCUUCGUCCAUCCAUCCGCCCACUGCACCCAUCGCCGCCUCCCUGACGCCAUGUACACCCCACUCCCCAAAAGUGGUUCCCCCUUCGGCCCCGCCGCCACCCGCCCGGGGCUGCACAUCUGGCGGGUGGAGAAGCUGCGGCCGGUGGAGGUCCCCGAGGCGACGUGGGGUGUCUUCUUCUCGGGGGACGCCUACCUGGUGCUGCACAACGGGCCGGACGAGCGAGCCCACCUCCACCUCUGGAUGGCUGAACGCGCUGCUGGGCGAGCGCCCCGUGACGCACCGCGAGGUGCAGGGCAACGAGUCCGACGUCUUCAUGGAGUACUUCCCCCGCGGCGUCACCUACCAGGAGGGCGGCGUGGACUCGGCGUUCAAGGCCACCCGUCCCGGUGCCGGCCCCACGCGCAAGCUCUAUCAGGUGAAGGGCAAGAAGAACAUCCGGGCGAGCGAGCGGGACCUGCGCUGGGCCAGCUUCAACACCGGCGACUGCUUCAUCCUCGACCUGGGCGAGACCCUCUUCGUCUGGUGUGGGGCCAGGUGCAACGUGCUGGAGCGCAACAGGGCGCAGGAGCUGGCCGCGGCCAUCCGGGAUGGCGAGCGGGGUGGCAAGGCUCUGCUGGAGAUUGUGGUGGACGGUGAGGAGCCACCUGAGAUGCUCCAGGUGCUGGGCCCCAAGCCCACCUUGCAGGAGGGCAGCCCCGAGGAGGACGUUGUGGCCGAUCAGAGAAAUGCGGGGGCAGCCAUCCUCUAUAAGGUGUCGGACGCGACGGGGAGCAUGAAGCUGAGCCAGGUGGCCACCAGCAGCCCCUUCAGCCAGAGCCUGCUCUGCUCCGACGACUGCUUUGUGCUGGACAACGGUGCCAGCGGGAAGGUCUACGUCUGGAAAGGGUGCAAGGCCAACGAGCAGGAGCGCCAAGCAGCCCUGAAAGUGGCCGAGGAGGUCAUUGCCCGCAUGGGCCACUCACCCCGGACACAGGUGGAAAUCCUGCCCCAGGGCCGCGAGACGCCCCUCUUCAAGCAGUUCUUCGCCAGCUGGAAGUGAGGGAGCGGGUGCCCACGGGGCCAGCACCCAGCUCAGGGAGUCACCGGGCUUGUGCCGGCUGUGCCAGCUCCCUGCCAACACUUGUGCCCUGCUCCACUGUCCCUGUGACCCUGCCAUCCUCACCCCUGUGCCAGCCCUGGGUCUUUGCCUGUCCCCAAGCCAACGCCAUCCCCUCCCUGUGCCACCCCUGUGCCUUUCUCCACCCCGUGCCCCACGUCAUCCCCAGUCCCCUGUCGCUCUCAGCUCCGUGCCAUCCUCAGCCCCAUCCCCGUGCCUUUGCCCGCCCCACGCCCACGCUGUCUCCGUCCCCAUGCCCGUUCAUUCCCACCCCCCCACGCCAUCCCCAAGCCCACGCCGUGCCCGCGCUGUGCCAGCACUGUCUCCUCACCCUCACUGCUGCCAGACCUCCGCCACCUCCAGGCCCUCACCGUCUUUCUGCUCUUGCCCACCCUGUGCCAUCUCCAUGCCCGCGCCACCCCCCGUGCCACCGCUAUCCCCCAUCAUCUCCAUGGCCACGCCGUGCCCAUGCUGUCCCCGUGCCCCCAUCGCCCCCGU